AUGUCAGGCGGUUCACCGAACAUCGACGAGAAUGAGCCCUCUGGGUCGUCAAGCUACAUGCCGUCGCGACGGCGAUCCAAUGGCCAUGACUCUCUGGUCAGCAAUAAGCGUGCGAGAUUAGACCAUAAUUCGGUGUCUCAGUUUGGUGUGACAAGUGGCACCAUAGGCCAGGCUUUCGCCUCGUUCCUACCUGCUGCCUCUUCGUCUUCUCCUCAAAUAUCCGGGGACCGUUCGACGGUGAAACACGAGAUGGACGACAUUUCUGCGUCUCAGCGGCGGUUCAGCUUGCAACCGGAGAAGGAAUACAAAAGGGAUCCGAUGUAUUACAUGGAGGACGGCAGCUGCAUUUUGGCGGUGGAAGAUACCUUGUUCAACGUUCAUCGGUCCAUGCUGGCUAGAGACAAUUCAUCAUUUGCGACGAUGUUCACUUUGCCACAAGGAGACAAUACGGUCCAAGAGUUCAGACACUUCUUAUGGGUUCUAUACGCUCUACCACACGAACUUCGUAUCGUGACAUCCCCCGGAGCCGAUCUCGAUCAGCUAAUCGCAAUCGCUCGAGUUGCCAACAAAUAUUCAUUCAAAUCGAUUGAGACCUGGUCAUUAGACGUGAUACAAGAAUAUGUCACCCGAAAGCCUUCGCCGAUUCUGAAUGCGAUUCCAAACCCCAAUUCAUACAUGUUCCUCCCACAUUCAGCAGACUCUUCGACGCCUCACUCCCCUCUGACGGCUACCAACAUAGAGUAUACUGCCCAACUAACACGUCUAAUCAAGCUAGCACAGCUGUGCUCUCACGAACGGCUGCUGAACACGAUGAUAACGCUAUUGAAGCAGCUGAUGAGUUCGUCGUUGCAGUAUGCCUACCUUGCGAUGACGCUCUCCGAUGAGCUUGGCCUCAGAGCUUUGAAAGGUCCUGCGUAUCUGGAGGUGAUGAACAAGGCUGUCUUGGCGAACGAGAUUGGGGUGGGGCUUCCAUUGAGGCCCAAGUCGACAACCAACUCAAAUUCAGACCUCUCUGAACCCUCGGAGGACGGGCAUGUCAGCGGGGGUCAACUCGUUAUCAGCUCGUCCCAACGGUUGAGGUUGCUAUCUGGGUACUAUCGCCUGUCUAGUCUAUGGGAGGGGCUGCGCUCAUGCCCACCCUCCUUCGAUCACGCGUCGACUUGUGGGGCAACAUGGCACCAACAAGGCUGUUCCCAGUCGUGGCUCGAAUUCUGGAAAGAGAAGACGAGGACCGACGCUGUCUUGGCCAUCAGUCUUGCAGAUAUUCUGGGUAGGCUGAGACAAGUGCAGAAGGAGUUUGACCGAUGGGGGAGCGCCACAUACAUGCACCACGAAUGCAGGAUGACUGCGCGACGAAGUAUACAGGACCUCAUCAAGGGUGUCGAAGACGCACUGCCAGAUUAUUUCUCAGAUUCAUAG